GAGCGCGCCGGCUGCAGAGCGCGCGAGCUGCGGCCCGGCCGCCGCCAGUGCCGUCGCCGCACGCCUCACGGGCAGGCCCGGCGUUCGGGAGGGUUUGGCUCGCGCUGCGCUCGGUCCACGGACUCAGCGGGCUCCGAGCGGCCAUGACCGCCGAGGAGAUGAAGGCGGCCGAGAGCGGGGCGCAGUCGGCGCCGCUGCCCCUCGAGGGCGUGGACAUCAGCCCCAAGCAAGACGAAGGCGUGCUGAAGGUCAUCAAGCGAGAGGGCACAGGCACCGAGAUGCCCAUGAUCGGGGACCGAGUCUUUGUCCACUACACUGGCUGGCUGUUGGAUGGCACGAAGUUUGACUCCAGUCUGGACCGCAAGGACAAAUUCUCCUUUGACCUGGGGAAAGGGGAGGUCAUCAAGGCUUGGGACAUUGCCGUUGCAACCAUGAAGGUGGGGGAAUUGUGCCACAUCACCUGCAAACCCGAAUAUGCCUACGGUUCAGCAGGCAGCCCUCCAAAGAUCCCCCCCAACGCCACACUUGUGUUUGAGGUGGAAUUGUUUGAGUUCAAAGGAGAGGAUCUGACAGACGACGAAGACGGCGGAAUCAUCCGCAGAAUACGGACUCGGGGUGAAGGCUAUGCCAGGCCCAACGAUGGUGCUAUUGUGGAGGUCGCACUGGAAGGGUACUACAAGGACCGGCUCUUUGACCAGCGGGAACUCCGCUUUGAGGUCGGCGAGGGGGAGAGUCUGGAUCUGCCUUGUGGGCUAGAGAAGGCCAUUCAGCGCAUGGAGAAAGGCGAACAUUCCAUCUUGUACCUCAAGCCCAGUUACGCGUUUGGCAAUGCUGGGAAGGAGAAGUUCCAGAUCCCGCCGUGUGCUGAGCUGAAAUAUGAAGUCCACCUCAAGAGUUUUGAGAAGGCCAAGGAGUCCUGGGAGAUGAGCUCAGAGGAGAAGCUGGAGCAGAGCGCCAUCGUGAAAGAGCGAGGCACUGUGUACUUCAAGGAAGGCAAGUACAAGCAAGCUCUGCUACAGUACAAGAAGAUUGUGUCCUGGCUGGAAUACGAGUCAAGUUUUUCUAGUGAGGACGUGCAGAAGGCACAGGCCCUGCGCCUGGCCUCCCACCUCAACCUGGCCAUGUGUCACCUGAAGCUACAGGCCUUCUCGGCGGCCGUGGAAAGCUGUAACAAGGCCCUGGAACUGGACAGCAACAACGAGAAGGGCCUCUUCCGCCGGGGAGAGGCCCACCUGGCUGUGAACGACUUUGACCUGGCACGGGCUGACUUCCAGAAGGUCCUGCAGCUCUACCCCAGCAACAAAGCGGCUAAGGCCCAGCUAGCUGUGUGCCAGCAGCGGAUCCGCAAGCAGAUUGCCCGGGAGAAGAAGCUCUACGCCAACAUGUUUGAGAGGCUGGCAGAGGAGGAGAGCAAGGCGAAGGCAGAAGUGGCUGCAGGCGACCAUCCCAUGGACACAGAGAUGAAGGAUGAGCGGAACGACGUGGCUGGAAGCCAGUCUCAGGUGGAGACAGAAGCAUAGCCUCUCCGGCCCGGCUUCUGCAACUGCCUGCCUCCUGCUCCCCUGCCCUACUCCACCCUGUUAGUUUUGUAAAAACUGAAGAAUUUUGAGUGA